AUGGUAGGCAUUAAUAAUGGUGUUUAUGUAAAAUUGAAAGAAGAUAUACCAUCAUUAAUACAUAUCCCAUGCAUAUGUCAUUCACUGCAAUUAGAAGUAUCAGCUGCAGCAGCUGAAACCUUACCUAGAAAUAUAGAUUAUUUAACUAGAGAGACCUACAAUUGGUUUUCGCGUUCUACUUUAAGACAAGCUCAGUACAAAAAUUUGUUCAAAGCAAUUAAUGAUGGCCAUGAUCCAUUAAAGAUAGUUAAAGCAUGUGCUACUAGAUGGUUAUCAAUAGAAACAAGAGUAAGUUGUAUUCUAAAGCAAUGGGUUGAACUUAAAACUUUAUUUGGAAUUGCCAAGCAAAAUGAAAAAUGUUAUAUGGCUGAUACUUGUCAUGCAAUGUACUGUGAUCCUAACAACUUUGCAUAUUUAAAAUUUUUAUAUCCUAUUCUGGAAGAAAUUCAGAAAGUCAAUAAAUCUUUCUAG